UCAUGGCUCUCAUCUCUCUGCUUCUGCUGGCUGCUCUCCUGCCGUAUCUGAGCCACUCUGCCAGUGUUAAUGUUGGUAUAAUAAAUGGCACAGAGGCUAAACCUCACUCCAGACCCUACAUGGUGUCUGUUCAGAAAUAUGGAUCACACGUCUGUGGCGGCUUCCUUGUGUCUGAAGAAUUCGUCAUGACGGCUGCGCACUGCCGAGAGAAUGAAGAGACGCUUACAGCAGUGCUGGGUGCUCAUGAUCUGUCAAACAAGCAAGAAAAAGGUUCUGUCCACAUGGAAGUGGAGUCUUACUACCACCAUCCCAACUACAAUGCAGACACUGUGGACAACGAUAUCCUGCUUUUAAAGUUGCGUGGAAGAGUCAAAAUGGGCCCAACUAUCAGCCGCAUCUCCAUCCCUCAAAGAGACGUGGACGUUCCAGCCAACACGGUCUGCAUUGCAGCUGGAUGGGGACAGACAGGAACCAUUAAACCCGGGAGUAAUUGUCUUAUGGAGACAAAGCUCAGAAUCGUAGGCUACGAACAAUGUAAGGCGCUCUGGAAGCAGCAUCUAAGCCCAGUGAAGAUGUGUGCAGUUCAUCCAGGAGGAGUUUGCAUGGGAGACUCUGGGGGUCCUUUGGUGUGUGGGAAUACUGCAGUGGGUAUCGCUUCCUUCGUUCAGAAAUGGAUGUGUGAUAAACCCACAUUGCCAAAUGUUUUUGCCAAAAUAUCUGCAUUUCUGCCCUGGAUCAAGUCUGUUAUUGGAAAUGUGUAAUCUGCAUUCAACAAAUAAACAAACCCGAGCAUCUGCCUAAUUUCAUCUCAAUAAAAGCAUUUC